AGACCCGCAGAGACCGGGUGCUGAAGUGUGCACUCGCGGUGGCCAUGCCAGCAGAUGAGAAAAGGAAAUGCAUAGGAGUGUGGGGAUGAUAACGAGGCUAAGACGCCCGGCGAAAGGCAAAUUAAGCAAAUAAAAAGAGCCGUGCAGCAACUCCACGCCACCCCGGCAAACCAUAAACUGGCGGUGCCGUGGAAGCGGCGGGAACGCGCUCCCGGGCUUGCGCCUCAAGCCUCGGGGACUGGAAUUGGCCGGCGGAAAGGGGCGGGGCCACGGCUCUAGGGCGGGGCCUGGGGCCGUGAGGGCGGCGGCGGCUGCGGCUGUGUCUGAGGCUCCCGACCCAGACCUCUGGGACUGUUGUUCUCUAGCUGCACGCCGGUUUCAGUCAGUUUGCCAGAGACCCGGACCUGGCCCACUGGUGAGCAGGCAGCCGUAUCCGCUUUCUCUCCGUUCCCUGAGCUACGGCGGAAGCUGGCACUAACUCCCUGUGGUUGGUGUCCGAUGCCCUUCAGUGAGGAGGGGGCGUCCAGACCCUGGUGAACACAACCAGGCCCCCCAACGCAGAGUCCUCGUCCGCCCCUCAGGCUCACACACUCUGCCUGCCAUGGCUGAAAACGCUGAAGGAGACCUGAACUCCAACCUGCUCCACGCCCUCUACCGCACCGGGGACCCUCAGCUAGACACGGCCAUCGGGCAGUGGCUCCGUUGGGACAAGAAUCCCAAAACGAAAGAACAGAUUGAAAAUCUGUUACGGAAUGGAAUGAACAAGGAGUUGAGAGAUCGCCUCUGUAGCCGAAUGACUUUUGGGACUGCAGGACUUCGUUCUGCCAUGGGAGCAGGGUUUUGCUAUAUUAAUGAUCUUACAGUAAUACAGUCAACACAGGGAAUGUACAAAUACCUUGAGAAAUGUUUCUCAGAUCUUAAGCAAAGAGGCCUUGUCGUUGGGUAUGACACUCGUGGUCAAGUAACCAGCAGCUGUAGCAGCCAGAGGCUUGCUAAACUCACAACUGCAGUCCUACUGGCUAAAGGUGUUCCUGUGUACCUUUUUUCAAGAUAUGUUCCUACACCUUUUGUACCAUAUGCAGUCCAAGAGCUCAAAGCAGUUGCAGGUGUGAUGAUUACUGCAUCUCACAACCCCAAGCAAGACAAUGGAUACAAGGUUUAUUGGGAAACUGGUGCUCAGAUCACAUCUCCUCAUGAUAAGGAAAUUUUGAAAUGUAUAGAAGAAUGUGUGGAACCCUGGAGUGGUUCCUGGAAUGAUAAUUUAGUGGACACCAGUCCACUGAAGAGAGAUCCUCUGGAGGACAUUUGCAAGAGAUAUAUGGAAGAUCUGAAAAAGAUCUGUUUUUACAGAGAAUUAAACUCAAAGACUACCUUGAAAUUUGUGCAUACAUCCUUUCAUGGGGUUGGACAUGACUAUGUGCAGUUGGCUUUUCAAGCAUUUGGUUUUAAGCCUCCAAUUCCAGUACCAGAACAAAAAGAUCCUGAUCCAGACUUUUCUACUGUUAAAUGCCCAAAUCCUGAAGAAGGAGAAUCCGUGCUGGAACUUUCCCUGAGAUUGGCAGAAAGAGAAAAUGCACGGAUAGUUCUUGCUACAGAUCCUGAUGCAGACCGACUGGCAGUGGCAGAACUUCAAGAGAAUGGUCACUGGAAAGUUUUUACAGGGAAUGAGUUGGCAGCUUUGUUUGGAUGGUGGAUGUUUGAUUGCUGGAAAAAAAAUAAAUCAACAAAUGCCAAUGUGAAGAAUGUUUAUAUGUUAGCCACCACUGUCUCUUCUAAAAUCUUGAAGGCAAUUGCACUUGAGGAAGGAUUUCAUUUUGAAGAAACAUUACCAGGUUUUAAAUGGAUUGGAAGUAGGAUAAAAAACCUCCUGGAAAAUGGGAAAGAGGUCCUUUUUGCAUUUGAAGAGUCUAUUGGUUUCCUGUGUGGAACUUCAGUGUUGGAUAAAGAUGGGGUGAGCGCAGCCGUUGUGGUUGCUGAGAUGGCAUCUUAUCUGGAAGCCAUGAAUGUAACACUGAAUGAGCAACUGAUCAAGGUUUAUGAAACAUAUGGUUAUCAUAUGUCAAAAACUUCGUAUUUCUUAUGUUAUGAUCCACCCACCAUCAAAAAUAUAUUUGAAAGACUUCGCAAUUUUGAUUCUCCAAAGGAAUAUCCAAAAUUUUGUGGAGCAUUUACUAUACUGCAUGUACGGGAUGUUACCACUGGAUAUGACAGUAGCCAACCUAAUAAGAAAUCGGUGCUGCCUGUGAGUAAAAACAGCCAAAUGAUUACAUUUACUUUUCAAAAUGGUUGUGUUGCUACUCUUCGGACAAGUGGGACAGAACCAAAGAUAAAGUACUAUGCAGAAAUGUGUGCACCACCUGACCAGAGUGACAUUACCCUUCUGGAAGAAGAAUUAAAAAAACUCAUUGAAGCUCUGAUAGAGAAUUUUCUUGAGCCCAGCAAGAAUGGACUGAUCUGGCGUUCUGUGUAGGAUACCAGUGCAUUAUGGCUUUGUACUGGCACAUGGAACAGAACCACGAAGGACUCCAUCCCUCGAACCUUCUGUUAGCAUUCUGUAUCUCAUUUGGCCAAGUAUCUUUUCCUUCUUUCUCUCUCCUUUUUCUUUCUUUUCUUUUUGUUUGGCUGACUAAAGAAACUGUAUAAAUAUGAAGUGUAAAUGGAGGAAAAUAAUUCAGACUUUUUAAUACUCUUGAAUGAAAGUCAUUAAUUAAAAGUGUUCUGGUAACACAUCAUUCUUCCUUUAAUACAGACAUAACAACAACAAAAGUGAACUGUCUUAUUGAAGUGUGGCUGAUUUAAUAUAGUAAUCCAUAUCUUGUACUUGUGUAUAGCAUGAUUUAUAAAAAGGCAACUAAAUGUGGCAUAAUUAUAGGAUUAGUUAAGGAAAUUAACCCAUAAAAAUGGAAAGAAGUGAUACUAUUCCUGCAUUAUCAUGAAAGAGUGUCGUUGUUACAUCAUAGGUAUUGAUUUACAAAUUAAAGUAUUUGUAAUAGGCUAUUUAGCAUUUCUAGUUUAGUACAGAUGUUAUAAUAUGUGGUUUUGUAUCUGUUUCUAGUGCCCCUGGUGCAAUGUAAAUUUACUUCAUGUAUUUAAAACUCUGAUGUUUACUGAACAGAAAACAAUAGUGGCAACACUCUUAGUGGUUUUAUUCUUGUCAGAUUUCUUAGUGCCUUCUCAAGUCUGAUACGAACUUAAACAGCAUUCUUGCAUUGAAUACAAUUUUAUCAAUUUUCAGAUAGUUACAGAAAAUCUUCCAAACUGUACAGGUGCUUCCUUCAUAUCAAGUGAGCUUGUUGAUUUUAAAAUACUGUGCUUAUGAAAGAAGAUCUGAAUAAAAGCAGGCAUAAUGUAGCUAUAGUUAAGUGUCUUCAAGUUAGGUUUGUAUCAGUUAUCUUAACCUUUAAGUAAAGAAAAAAAUCUGAGUUGGUAAAUAGCUCUGAAUUUAUAUGACAGUCUUAACUUUGAAAUAACAUUUUUGAGAGCAGAUUUAUUACUUUAUCUGAUAAAGUAAUGCUAAUUUUAAUAAAGCAUCUAGAUUUUAAAUACUAACAAAUGCUAAAACUAAUGUUUAAGGCUAAGGUCCAAGGUAUUCUAACAUUUUUCUGACUGCUAUGGAAUUUCUGAUCACAUGAAUAUUCUUUAUCUGUUUUUAAUAUGGAAAAAUGUCUUAAGGAAGUCACUUUUGGUUGAUUUUAUAGUUUUCUAAAAAGAUUUAACAGAACUUCUGUCUAUAUUUUCCUGUCCAAUUUGCAAAAAUAUACCUGUAUAACUAGGAGUAACAAAAACAAGGUUUUGGGUAUAAGUAUAUAAACAAUUUUUCCAUAGGAACAGUACUGGAGUUGGAGAAUUUGUUUCCUUAAUAAGCAGUAAUAAUAAUGCAAAGCCUAAACUAAUUAGAAUGGUUUUUGUUUUUGGUUGGUUGGUUGGUUGGUUUUGGGGUCUUUUUGUUGUUAUUGUUGUUUGUUUUUGUCUUUUUGAGACAAAACAAUAUGGUUCAGGCUGGUCUUGAGCUCACUUUAUAGCCAAGACUGGUCUCAAACUUGCAACUGUCCUCCUGCCUCAGCCUCUAUAGUGCUAGGAUUACAGGCAUACACCACCAUGCCUGGCUAAUUAGAAUGUUGAUUAAAUCACAGUUUCAUUUGUUUUAGUGACCUGCUAACUUUGUUUGAGCGCCUAUAAUUUAAACAUAAUUUUCAAAUUAUUGCAUUGCCACUAUUGUUAAUUUGUUCUUUCCGUAUUUUAUCUCUAGGUCUUGUAUGAUUGUAGAUAAUAGACAACUAGCUAAAUAUACACACCAUUUUUUCGCAAAAGAAUUUGUUUUCAAAAGUUUUGCACUGGAGAAGAAAUGUGUAGAAUGUUUUCUUUUAUUUAAAAAUGUGUAAAAUACUUUUUGGUUUGUUAGUUCUUAGGAAUGUAGAUUAUAACUUAGGAAAAAGCAUAUAUUCUGCAAAGUGGUAUGAACAGUGUUAUAUAUGUAUAAAGAACAUUGUGUUUGGUUUUAGUAUCUGUGUUUCUGUGACCAAAGAACAAAUGAGGCUAAUUAAAUGGUAGCCCAUUCAUAAUCACUAAAACCAUGCCAUGAUUGUUAUUCUCUUAUGAAGAAAACAGUUUUAUUUGAAUGCUUUAAUAUGAUGCAACAUGGAAACCGUCUUAAGUUGAAGAGUCCUUGAAGUUUGGAUUUUUUUCUAAAAAAUGUUAAAGUCUAAAGUUGAAAUUAGCAAAAUUUUAUAAAGCUUCCUGAAGUACAUAGAUUGAGGACACUAUUUGAUUCUACCCAAAUUCUUGAGUCUGUCUGAGCAUGAUAUUUGACACGAACUUGACGGAGUGGGUACACAGUGACAGCCCAGCAGGCAGAAGUGCUACCUAUGAAUCUCAGCUGCAGGCACUGUAUUGUUCGUCUUUUUCUUUUUGAACACUCUCAGAAAUGUGUACGUUUUCAUUGAACAUGUAAAUAACUUUUCUGCAGGGAAAAAUAAAAGAAUGGGGCAAGAUCAAAACAUAAAUUGAAAGUAAACAGUAAAAGUAGACACUAUAAUGGCCACUAAGACGGCACAAAAACUGUUUCUUGUGAAGAACAAAGCUGAUACCAUACAGGUAGGGAAUAAACUGUGGGAAAGUUUACUUGUGUUUAUUUCUUGUUAUAAUGAGCAGAAGUGAACCUAUCAUUUUCCUUUAUUAGAGAUCACUAAAAAUGACUCAGUUUUAGGAGGUGAAAAUAAGUGUUUCUGUUAGAUACUAAAUUCCUGCUAAGAUGUUGUCCCUUGUGUUCAGAAUCAUGUGAGAACUCAGGAGGACAUUAAGCAGAAAUAAAAAAUGUAGAUUAGAAAACAAAUAAAAAUACAAACUAUAGAAAUAAAAUAUAGAUUAGAAAACAAAGACCUAAGAAAAAGUUGAAAGAAUUAUGAUCAUUUAACUCUAGAAAGGAGAAAGCUAUUGAGAUCAUUUCUUAAGUCAUAAGUUAUGCACUAAGGCUUUUAUUAAAGGACUGAAGUGCUUAUAUCAUACUGUUCCCCAUUUCUAGGGAGGCGGACAGAGCAGAAGGAAAAGAGCUUUUUAAAAAGUCAGCAUGGAUUGUUUAAGACCUAACUUCUUGAGCAGAAUUUCUCAUAAAAUCUCUCACUUGAAAUCUGUUUUUAAAGGAAUAAAAUUUUUUAUAUUAAAGGACAUGCUAAAUGACUUUUUGAAAGAUCUUUUCUUGCACCACAGUUUUUUAAAAAUUCAGAUUGGAACAAAAAUCAUGUUAUGAAAAACCCUGAUAGUAAUAUUUGGGUUUCAGCUGACAAAAUAAUUUUUGUUUAUUUUGAGUAGUAGAUGCAUGAGUUCAAUGAAUAAAAGACCUGUUUAAAUCUUAUUUUUUAGUUGACCUUAAAAAAGUAAGACUUGAACACAUUUCUGUUCCUCUUAAAGAAUAUAUAGCAUUAUAGGAUAUUUGAGGAGUUUGUUUUAAAUGUAAAGUAUUGUUAUUUGGAUACUGUAAUUUCAGCAAAGAGAUUCUGGGAGAUUGCAUACUUUGUAAUAUCUGCAUACUGAUACAACAGACAUGUUAGUGGGAAUCUAGAGGAGAAAUUGUCCUAUGAACUGCUGCUAUUGAUAUUUUUUCCACAUGUUUUCUGCUGAGGUUUGUAAUGCUUGAAAAAAACCAAAUUCUGUUUAGAUGCAGUUAAUUUUCUCUCUACCUCCCUGUUUCCUUAGGCAUACUCUUCUAGGUUUUCUAACUGAAAAACUACCCUGUUGUCUCACUGAUAAGAAUCCUUUUUUUGUACCAGAAAUCAAACUCAGGACCUUAUGCUUGCCAGGCAGGCACUUACGUCACUGAGCUAUAUCCCUGGCCCCUAAUAAGAAAUCUUAACUAUGUUCAUUCAGAACGCUUUGAGCUUACUCAUAAACUAUUAAUGAACUUUUUAUUUUAUUACUGUCAGAAUAUUUAAGACAUUAUAAGAAGUAAUUUUAAAUCUGUUUUAUAAUCUGUUUUUUGGUCUGUCUGAUACUGCUUUAUGUUAAUUCAUGAUAGCCCUUUACACUUGUUUUCUGAACUUGCUCGAGAAAUUAAGGAGGAAACAAUCAUACCAAAAUGGUUAGUUGACCUAGCAUUUUAUAUGAGCAUUCCUUAUACUUUGGGGAACCAAAGCACAAAAUUUCCUCAAAUCUUUUCACAUAUUUCCCUCAAAGCAGUUUACCCUAAGAUAUAAGAAGUCUAAGUGAAAAGAAGAGAUUAGCUCAUUUCUGACUCUUUGCAAACUGCUCCUUUCCUGCUUUAAUUGCAGCAGGAACUGUAACAUUCACCAAGUCAUCUUUCUGCUUUGUUAAUUCAAGAUUAUGUCAUUUAAUAAGAGAAUCUAUAAGAAUGAGUGAAGUGAUCAAGAUAGGGACAAAGUGACAUAUCUAGAGUUUGCUUCUCAAUUUUUCUUCCACCUGCAGAACCCUAAAGCAGAAGAGCAUAAAGGGGAAGGAGGUCUGAGAGCAAAAGCAGAAGCAGCCUGCCUCUGGCAUAAAAUUUUGUGUUCUGACCUUAUAUUGUAAGUAAAUGUCACAUUCUUCUUACUAAAACUUCUAAUAUAGAAAUAUUAUCUUCAAAGAAAGAAAAAGGAAGAAAGGGAGGAAGGAAGGAAGUCUUCAAUCUCCCCUGAAGCUAGUGCUGCUGGGAAGGAGCACUGUAUGUAUCAGGUGCCUCUCAGUGUUUUCCCCCUCUGCAUGCUUAGUUGCUACAUAUCCCUGGGGAUGCACACCCAGACUUCAGUGUGAGAAAGGUGAGCGUGGAAUAUAUUGAUAUUCUCUGUAUUUGAGAGACUGAGCUUCUAAAUCACUAACACUAAAUUAAAUGGACUUGAAACAGUUAUGUUACUGUUGAACCGUACUAUAUGGUCUGAGAUGUUGGCAAGUUUAUUCACUUUAACUUAUUGGCAUCCUUGACUAAGAAGGAGCACCUAUCAAUUCCUGCCACAUUAAAGUGGGGGGAGGAAAGGAAAAGAGCAAUCAUUGUCUGUCAGCUCCCUGAGAGGAGCUCCCUGAGAGCAAGAGGUGUAGUUUGUAAUUUUUCAUAUUCAUAUACCUAAUUUCAUACCAAUUAUAGGGUGUUUAAUUUGUUUUAAUAGGAAUUAAGGGAUUUAUUUUAAGGAAGCAAAUAGCUUUUUAAAAUUAAAAGAAUUAAUUUUUCUAAUUCAAUUUUUUACUCUCAUUACUGAAAUUUAUAAGUGAUGCUCAGUUUCUGUGGGGAGAGCAGAGCAUCUUUCUGCAUGGAAAUUGUAUAUAAUGCCUAGUAUUUUACAUCCAAAACAAGCUGCUGCCCAGAAAGGCUAAGCAAUUAUCCAUGUAGAUUUGAUAUCAGUAGUCUCAGUGUGAUUUUGAGUCCUAAUAGUAUCUUCCAAGUGAGUUACAACUAAUUUGGUAGUAUUUGCUGUGUUUUUGCCCAACAUCACGAUCAUCAUGUGUCUUACUUUAUAUUAAAAAGCAAAAUCCGCUUCUAUAUAUGGUGAGGCCUUCCUGUUAUAGGCUAAAAUAAACUCUUAGUACACAUCAUUAAACAUGCUGGAUCAAAUAUACACAGUCAAGAAUUAAGUAUUUUUCUAAGUGUAAAGCAGUAGUUCAAAAUUGUACUAUUUAACAGUUUUUUGUCAACAUCCGUUUUUUUCUCUACAAAAAUACCAGGGUGAAUUAUAAACUGUUGCCUGUGAGAAUUUGCACUUUAUAUAUUUGUGUGUGGAUUUCUUGUGGUUUUAGUCAAAUGAGGUGUUAUCAGUAAUAAACAGGUCUCUUUAUUGGCA